AGCUCCAGAGCCGCGUGUGCGCCGAGCCCGCCGCGCUCGGCUGCCAGAGAAAGACGUGAUUGUUGUCACCGUGCCUCGCUCCCAGCCCUCCCAGUGCUCCCAGUGCUCCCAGCCCUCCCCUCCCAGCCCUCCGCCCCCCGCGCUCCCACCGCUCCCAGCCACAAAACCCCCGCGCCCCGGCCGGGCUCGCCCGUGGCGGAGCGGAGAGGAGGAGGAGGAGGAGGUGGUGGAGGAGGAGGAGGAGGAGGUGGUGGAGGAGGAGGAAGGAGAGAGAAGCCAGAGAGAAACUUGUCUCGGGGAUUAAUAGGAGGCAGGAGGAGGGAGAGGUGCACACAGGAAAACACCCGGACCAUGAAGGCGGCCCUGGCGUUCCUUCUCCCCGUGGCGCUCGCGCUGGUGCCGACGGCCGGCGGGCAGCGGCGGAAACCUCCGCGCAGACCCACGCGGCCGCCCGCGCCCUUCGAGGAGCCGGUGGAACCCACGGAGCUGCCCCCUCCCCUCCCUCCGGGCCCUCCGUCCGUCUUCCCCGACUGCCCGCGGGAGUGUUACUGCCCGCCGGACUUCCCGUCGGCGCUGUACUGCGACAGCCGCAACCUGCGCACGGUGCCGGUGAUCCCGCCGCGCAUCCACUACCUGUACCUGCAGAACAACUUCAUCGCCGACCUGCCCGAGGAGUCCUUCCGCAACGCCACCGGCCUCAAGUGGGUCAACCUGGACAACAACCGCAUCCGCAAGGUGGACAGGAAGGUGCUGGAGAAGCUGGAGAACCUCAUCUUCCUCUACAUGGAGAGGAACCAGCUGAAGGAGGUGCCCGCUUUCCUGCCGCCCAACCUGGAGCAGCUGCGGCUCAGCAGGAAUCAGAUCUCCAAGAUCCCCGCCGGCGUCUUCAACAAGCUGGAGAACCUGGUGCUGCUGGACCUGCACCACAACAAGCUGAGCGACGGCGUCUUCAACAAGAACACCUUCAAGGGGCUCAAGAACCUGAUGCAGCUCAACCUGGCCCACAACAUCCUGAGGAAGAUGCCUCCCGGCGUGCCCAGCGCCAUCCACCAGCUCUUCCUGGACAGGAACAACAUCGAGGACAUCCCCAGCGAUUAUUUCAAGGAGUUUCCCAACCUGGCUUUCAUCCGGCUCAACUACAACCAGAUCUCGGAUAAGGGGCUGCCCAAAAAUUCCUUCAACCUCACCAACCUGCUGGUGCUGCACCUGGCCCACAACAAGCUCACCAAUGUGCCCUUCAUCAGCCCCAAGCUGGAGCACCUCUAUCUGAACAACAACUCCAUCGAGAAAAUCAACGGCACGCAGAUCUGCCCCACCUCGCUGGUGUCCAUCCAGGACUUCUCGCCCUCCGACCUGGACAGCGUCCCGCGGCUCCGCUACCUGCGGCUGGACGGGAACCUGCUGAAGCCGCCCAUCCCGCUGGACCUGAUGCUGUGUUUCCGCCUGCUGCAGUCCGUGGUCUUUUAGCCCUGCCACCCUCUCCCAGCCCCGGUUCGCUCGGGCGUAUCACCCCCGGAGCCCUCCGUGGGACCCUCUCCCCCUGCUCACUCCCCGCCUCCAUCCUCCUCCUCCUCGCUCCUUUUCCUGCCCUGCAGGGACGCUGGUGGCUCCUUGGGGACAGCUCUGUGUCCCCGCUGCCACCCCCGGUCACAGCUCCCUGUCCUUGUCCCCCCGGCCCAGCCCGCAGGGAGCCGUUCCCGCUGGAUUUUGGGGCGGGGAUGGGAUGGGAUGGAUUGAGAGCGGUGGAAGAAGAGGGAGGAUGGACAAUCAGGCCAUGCCAGAGGGUGGGGACACUCCUGUCACCCUUCUGGAGAGCUUUGGCUCCACAUUUCUCUGCGGGAGGAGGAUCCGAAUCCCUCCUGGAGCUGUGGAUCUGCCGGGAUGGAGCAGGGGGGGUGUCCUGCCCCUGGGGGGGUCACAACUUCCCACACCCCCUGGGCAAGAGCAGAUCCUGCCCGGCUUCAAAUCCCCCAGCCCAGCACUGAUCCAUGGGGUCACUGCCCCAUCCCAAAUUCCUGCAUCCACAUCCAUGGGGCCGUAGCCCCAUCCCAAAUUCCUGCAUCCACAUCCAUGGGGUCACAACCCCAUCCCAAAUUCCUGCAUCCACAUCCAUGGAGUUACAGCCCCAUCCCAAAUUCCUGCACCUUUCCCUCUAAAACCUGGGAUUCAGGGCAACAUCCAUGGGGCUAUGGCCACAUCCCAAAUUCCUGCAUCCACAUCCAUGGGGCCACAGCCCCAUCCCAAAAUCCUGUACCCUUUCCUCUGAGAUCUGAGGCUCAGUUUCUCUCUGGAGCCAAUCACACAAGGCUGGGUUCUGCCUUUUUUUUUUUUUUUUUUUUUUU